UGUGGGUGGCCAGGUCAGCCAGGCUGUCGGUAAACAACAAAAAAACAGAUGAGGGCUCGAGUGGACAGAAACCAUGGUAGAACAACUUUCGGGCGUCACGGUGGUGAUAUUCAUAGCAUGCGGCGUGCUCACCGUCUUCCUGCUCUUCAUUUUCGCCAAAAGGCAGAUAAUGCGCUUCGCUCUUCGGUCCAGGAGAGGCCCGCACGUCGCCCUCGGGCACGAUGCAGACAAGGGGCUGAGAUCGGAGCUGGAGCGAAGACUGGAUGUCAUUCCCAGGAUCGUUAACGAACCCAGGCUGAUCACUAAAGAUGAUGCGCGUUACAUUCUGCCUCCCGGGCCAUCAUCCAUCCCCCCUUACUAUUACAGACUAAAAGCAGUGGACGAUGUCAAAACUCUGGAGAUGGAAAUUCUGAAACAAGACAGCAGUCUGCAUCGUCACCCUACAGAGAACCUAAGAGCAUUCUUGUUAUUGUCUCUGGCUGCCCCCCUUGAUGGUUCAGGACAGAAGGUGGUCCAUCAAUUCUGUGAUAUGUUUGAACAUGCCAGGCAUGAUCCAGCUGACUUUGGUGAAGAAGAAUAUCAGGCAUACUCUAGACUUUUCCUCAAACUAAUUGAUGUUGCAAAACUACUGAAAUCAUUCCCUAACAGUAGGAAAACAAGUCCAAACCGAACACCAGUCCGAAGAGUUCCGGAGUUGACCAAGAAUAGAACGAGCACUGUUGAUGUCAAGCUCCAACUGAGGGAUGAAAAUAUUUCCCGGCCAAGCACACUAACAGUCCCUGCCGGAGAAGUUGACAGCAGCGAAACACCUGUUUAGUGUAUGUGUCUGUUAGACAGAUAACAAGAACCACUAUAAUCCUUGAUGCAAAAGGGUAUAUGUAUAUUAAUAAUAAUAUCCUACCAUCAAUACAAAAUUAGAAGCAAAAGUCAUGAGGAGUUAUAGACCUGUGAUAAUACUUGUAAGAUUAAUGCACAUUCAUCCUCUUGUCUUUGGCUUUGUCAAAUUCAUGUUGACAGGAUGACUGACAUCUUCUCAAAUUAUAAAAUGUAAAAUGUUGAAAAUUAUUUUAAAUGUAUCUUAAGUUUCUUCAACCUACUUGCCUUUAUUUUCACUAUGUAUUUUAUAUGUUUUUCUAGAAACUAUUUAGUAAUGUGAUUUAACAAGAGAAGCAUCUUUUAUUUUUCUCAUAUGCAUAGAGGUGCUGGUCUAGAUGGAAUAUUUGUGUUCAUUAUCCUAUGUAUAAGUCAAUGUUACUCUUCUGUUCAUUCUGCUCACACCCAUUAUCUUCAUUAACUUUGAAUCAAGAGAUAAAGACCUGUUAUAUACAGAAAUGUCUCUCUUUUGACUGUGUCACUUCAAGAUACUUUCUGCAUGACACUAGACACUCUUCUCUCAUGUGUUCAUUGUAACUGACUGAUGUUUAUCUUAAUUUUCAAAACUGCUGCCUUUUUGUUUGUGUCAAAUAUAACACAGAAAAGUAGAAAA